AUGAGAACGCUACGGGGAAAGCCUACAUCGCCUUGGGAGAUAGUUUGCUACAUGCAGUCGUCACCGCACCCGAGCCAAAACACGCCGGAUACCCCGAAGCCACCUCUCGAACGAUCACCGAACAUAGAGGAAGGAAACCGGAUCAUUUACGAGAAUCACAGAAAUGAUAUGGAAGAAUCUUCAAGGAUUAUAUCAAAUCAGAAAAUCUUCCCGAAGUCCCUGAAGAAUAAGGAAUAUUUCCUUAAGGCAGAAAGGUUCUGGAACCGACUUAAGGAUAUAUUCAAAUCUUCCGAGAAUAUUGCAGGAGAGGCGAUUUAUCAAGUCUAUAUGAAGCGACUCAAGGACUUCGCAUAA